AUGGCAAAAUCGGUGCUCAUGCCCGACGAGUAUAAGAAAACUCUACUCGAGGUCUUCGAGAGUAUGUCAGAGACGACGUUUAUUUGGAAGUACGAAGAAGAAGGUUCAAAAUUGGCAGCUCACCUAAAAAAUGUAUACCUCAGUCCGUGGGUUCCUCAGAACGCUCUGCUAGCUGAUCCUCGUCUCACUGUUUUCGUCACUCACGGAGGACUGGGCAGCACGAUGGAGCUUGCGUAUAUGGGAAAACCAGCGCUGUUGAUUCCUCUCUUUUCUGAUCAAAUGCGGAAUGCAUAUAUGAUGGGGAGGCAUGGAGGAUGUAUUGUUUUGAAGAGGAAUGAUCUGGGGAGUUCACAAAAGAUAACGGAUUCCUUGAGGACCCUUAUGAGUGAUGCCAGUUAUUCAAAGAAUGCUGAGCGACUCGCUGCAAUGCUCGUCGACCAACCAAUCAGCGCAAAGCAGCUUUUCAUUCGACACAGCGAAUUCGCUGCCAGGUUUGGACGCCUGCCCAAUCUCGAUCCUUAUGGGCGACAAUUGUCUUUCUUUCAGUAUUACCUCAUUGAUCUAUUCCUGUUUGUUGUCGCUGUUCUCGCUAUUGGCAUUUUUGUUGCUGUUAAAAUUUUUAGAGCGUUUUGCUCAGCCAGGGCUAAAUCUAAGAAAGAAUGA